AAUUUGUUGAUUUCAUCGUCACGUUUGUUUUAUAAUAAUGCUGGAAGCUCAUUAGCAAGUGAACGAAUUGAACAGUGGGAAAGGGUCUUUGUUGUCAUUAGUCUUUGUUAUGUUCGUUGUUAAAUCGCCAGAGCAAAACAAUGGAUCAAGAAUUUUUCGAUAUUGAAAGUUUGCAGACGAAUUUUAAAGCUGCCAUCAGAGAUGAGACUGAUGUUGCGAUGGAUUUCUAUUUGGAAGGUUUCAAAGAGUUGUGCAAGUUUUUCCAUUUGAUGGGAUCCGUGUUUGGCUUUGUUAGCAGUGAUGUGAAAGCAAAGAUUGAAAUUCUGGAGAUGCAUCGACAAAAAGAAAACGCUGAACAAUUCGAAACGUUUGCUACGAUGAUGGAGUAUGAAAAGACAUCGGCACUUUUGGAUAAAAAAGACUAUGUGUCAGGCAGUCGCACGCUACUACGAUUGCAUCGUGGAUUAGCGUUUGUACGUGAAUUUCUGCUCAAAUUGAGUGAGAUUGAGGCACAUGAAAAGACGACUGGUGUUUGUAAAGUGGCCUAUAACGAAACUCUUGCCCAAUACCAUCCAUGGCUUAUUCGGAAGGGCGCAUUGGUUGCCAUGUAUACAUUGCCGACGCGUGAACAACUGUUCAAUAGGGUUUGCCAAGAUGUUGAACGAUCCAUUUCCAUUUUGCCUGAUGUUUUAGCAGUCUCAAAAACGGUGUACGAUCGAACGGAACAGCUGUACAUGGACUUCGACUUGCACUCACUGCCAUAAUAUAAUAAACGAUACGACGUUUCAAUGGUGCAACAAAUUUUACUACAGUAUUUUAAGGCCCCGAUAAUCUCACGACAUUUAAUCAUUCACCGCCUGUGACGCAAUGUUUGAAUUGCAUUCACAUAAAAUUAUCACGUUUUAUCGUUUUAUUUAAGUGAGUUCGAAAUUAUUUUGAUAAUUGCUCGUUUUUAUGUAUGAAAAAAAAUUGAUGUUUUUAUUUGAAGAAAACCAGAUCAUUUGUUCUCCUAUGAUUAUUAUAUUUGUGAUGAUAGAAAGAGGUUCGUAUUUUUCUUCUCUUUUUUUGUGAAUUUCAUUGGAUUUCCAACAUGGUGAAAAUUACAACAAUUUAUCUUCGAGAAAUGUGUGUGUUUUUUUUUCAAAUUGGUUUCGUUUCCAUAGAAAAUGCAUUAUCUGCUAUUAAUUUAUCAUUGAUAAAUUGCUUAAUCUAAUUGAUCGUUCCAUUGGUGACUGUAGUAUUUUGCGCGUCUUGCAUGAAAAUAUCAUUUGUCAUCAAGAGACCUGCAAAGGAAAAACCAGACAAGAAUUCGUUUAUGAAUGAAGUUAAUUCGGAGCCAUGGUAACAUGCUUUCUUUCGAAAUCUUGUUGUCAACCCACGAUUCAACGAGUUGAAUCUAUUAUUACAAUGAUGAAUGGUUUUUUUUUUUGUGUUGGAAUCAGCAAUCGUCAUUGUGUUCAAGUGACCAUUGAGUUGUUUCCAUUCCUUUAGCACGAUUUGUAUCUUAUCAACAUUCAUUGUAAAUUACCUGCUAUACUCGCGUUGAUGAAGCAAAUGAUUGAGCCGGAAAUUAAUGCACGGACUGAGACAGAUGUGAUGAUACUUCGUUUCUCUGGGCACAUCGUACCGAGAUUUCCAAUCAUCAUACCGAGUGAGCUUAAAUUAGCAAAUCCACAGAUGGCAAACGUUGUGAUUGCAACGCUUCGCUCCUAAAAAUGGGUCGAAACGAUUCAUUUUAAAAAGUUAUUCAAACACUUUUUCGAUUUCUUGGAAUUAUUGAGUCGAAAUAUGUUAGUGUUGGUUGUACUCACUGAAAUGGCAUGUGCAUUUUUCAAUUCGCCCAAUUUUUUAUAAGCUACGAAUUCAUUUAUAAUAUUUUUUGAUGCAAUAACAGCUCCGACUUUUUCGCAAUCUUCCCAUGGAAUGCCAAUGAUGUAAGCCAGUGGAAUAAACAUUUUGCCGAAGAACCACUCAACGGUCAAGAAAUCGUAGCCCACUAGCAUUCCAAGCCAGCCAACGACCGCAUUCAGAAAUGCAACAAACGAAACAAAUGCCACCAAAUUGGCAAUGAUUCCAGCAAUAAGUUGCACAGCAGCAAAGGCUCCAUUCGACGCUGCAUCCAAUACGGAGUUCUCUUGGCUAAAUUAAAAUGUUUGAUUUUUUUUUAAAUUCAAUUCUUGAUUCGAUCAUGCUAAGUUUUGCAAUCGCACUUACGAUUUCUCCAUGCUGAAUGAUUUCGAUGUGGUCUGGCUGAUUUCUGUUUCGGGAUAAAUGAGUUUUGAAAAUGCGAAAGUGGCCGGUGCUGCCAUUACACUAGACGUAAUCAAAUGAGAUGCAUCAGCUCCAAAGUUCAUAUAGGCAGCUAAGACGGUGCCCGAGACUGUUGCAAAUCCGGAUGACAUAAUCACAUGUAUUUCGGACGCAGUCAAGUACUGAAGAAAAAACAAUCAAGGCCAAUUCAUUUUUUUGAUUCAUUUAAAAAGCAGCUAAAAUGUCAUUAGCGCCUCACUCUUAUGUACGGUUUGAUGAUCAAUGGAGAUUCAGUCAUUCCAAGGAAAAUAUUCGCAGCAACUGUCACACUUUCACAUAGCGUUGUUCCCAUAAUUGAUUGAAGUAGAUUGCCCAAUUUUUGGAUAAUCCAUUGCAUAGCGCCGUAGUAGUACAAUAUUGAAACAAUGAAACUGAAGAAGAAGAUAACGGGCAACACCUAAUACAAAAUUGAUUGGAUUCAGUUAAAACACUCGUCUUUCAAGUACUCUUAUAGAGAAUUAAACGAUGAAGAUAAAACAAAUCUUGAUCAUACUCACCGAAAACGCAAACACUGCUGUAAAUUCCAGGCUUUUGUUACCGUAAACCAAAUCAUCACCAUAGACAAAUGAGGCUCCUUUUUUAGCAAAAUCAAAAAAUACCGCUACCCUAUCGCCAAGACAUCCAAAAAUUUUCCGUCCAAUAUUCAUACGAAUACAAAAAAUUCCCAUCAGAAAUUGCAGCGACAUUCCACAGAUAACUGUCCUCCAGUUUAUCUUAAUUAAUACGUGCACAAAUCAUCAUAAUUAUUUUAUCACAAAUAAUUUUCUACUUCAAGCGUAACUGUUGUACUUGAUUAGCGAGAAUUUUGACAGUUUCAUCACAAUUUUCUUACGCAAUGCUUGCAAAAAGUAAUUUGACAUGUAACUCAAAAUUCAUACGAUUUCUAUAUUCAACUAAACUUACAUGCGUUCGAUGUUUAGAGAAAACGAAUCCAAUGCCCAGAAGAAUGACGAUUCCAAGGAGUGAUCGAAGCCGUUCUGGCGAAUCGUACGAGUCAAUGCCAAUGAAAAUACCGAAUAUUGUGAGUAAAAUUGCAACCACGAUUAGUUUCAUAUAUCUGAAAAAUAUUGACGAUCAAUUUAAUUCAACCACGUUUCGAAUAUCAAGAGGUUAUCUUAUAUGUGUUUGUAAUACUUUUUGCGAUCGAAAGUUGUAGUGAUUUUUCUUGAAUAUGGUCGAAUGGUUUUCGCAAUGCUACGUCCGAAGAAUCGCUUGAUAACUUUGAAGUAAAAGAUGAGUGUGUAGGUGAAAACGACCAAGAUGAAGAACAUGCCAUAUCCAUCACACCACAUAUUUCCACAUUUUGACUCCCAUUGUUCUGAAAAAUUUCAAAGUAAAACAUCGUGUUCAGAGUUUAAACUAAUAUCAAUGAUUCCGUGUUUUUAUACUGACUGUUUUUAACAAAAUAAUACGAAGCCCAUGCGAAAUAAGCACCAAAUACAAGAUUUAUGAUGAGUGUUCGAGCGAGUUUAAUUUCGGACGAAUAUUUCUCGGAAAAUGUGUUUGGUUGUUCGGCGUAACUGAACUCGCGAUCCAGUACAAUGGCAUCAGUUCUCGGCACUUCGGCAAUCGUUUGCAACAUCUGUCCCUGGAAUUUUCAAUCAAACGUAUAAAUCCAUCUUAAUUAGCCUUGUAUGAAUUUUCUAACAAAUUACCUGUCCGAAACCAUUAUUAUCCUUGUCGUAUGCACCAUUCGUAUGCCCUUCUCUGUUCAUCUCAAAAAUAAUUUCUUUUUUUCACCACUACUGGAAAUAAUCACAAAUUCCGUUAAAAUUCGUGCAACGUUUUGGACAAUAAAUUUUUUUCGAAUGGAACGGUAGUUCUAAUCACAAUGAGCACAUUGCCAUCCAUAAAACCCGAAUCACACGAGUAUCAAAAACAAUUUAUGAUGAUUGAACGGAUUGUUAUCGCUUGUAAGAGCAGAAAGUACAAUAGCUGCGGAUAUUUUUCCCCUCACUACCCUUGAAUUUUAUUAGAUUCUGUGAUAAAUUGAGAGAGAUAAGCCCGUAGCAACAUCAAAACACACCAAAAUAGAUAAACAAAGUUUAUUACAGUUCCGGACUUAAUUGUAUACUGAUAAUGGUAUCGGUAUCGGUAGAGUUUUCAAGUGUCAAAAUACGUAAUUAAGUUUUCAAAAAAUGCGAAGAAAAAAGUGGGCUAUACAUCGCCAUAGAUAACGUGUGUGAUAAUUACACACAUUCUAGUGACAUGCGUCGUUUAAGUUGAGUAAUUAGUUUUCAGUGCAUACGUUGGCUAAUUAUGUUCCCGAAGAGUUUAAUCACUUAACUGUUAACCAAUCGGAAUUCAGUGGUCACUUACCCAGCCCCUAGAAGAAUUUCAUACAUGUUGUUGAUCUUUCAUUGUUGGAAAGAAUGUGAAAUUUAUCAAUUCUUAGUUUUUGUUUGAAUCAGUUCAUGUAUGUGUCUAAAUUAACAUGCAUACGAAGAAAAAUGUGCAGGUGUAAAACUGGUAUUUGUGGUGGUGCAUGGUACAUCCAGUAUUUUACAUAAAAAUCUGUUGAAUUAUUCAAAAGAAUGUCAAGUUUAUUUCGCCGGUCGUAUAUGGAGGCUGACACACUUUCAACAGAGAUAUCUUAUUGCCUUGCUCAAAACAGAAACAAAAUGUAAAUAAACAAAUGUUGCUUUAAA